GGGGCCGGAAGUGGCAGUGGAGGGAGGGAAGAUGGCGGAGGUGGUGAGUCCGGUGCCCGGGGCGGGGCGGAGGGAGCUAGGGGAGGUGGGUAGAGCCCGAGGCCCCCCAGUAGCCGACCCUGGCGCCGCGCUAUCUCCCCAGGGGGAGAUAAUCGAGGGCUGCCGCCUGCCAGUGCUGCGGCGGAAUCAGGACAACGAAGAUGAGUGGCCCCUGGCUGAGAUCCUGAGCGUGAAGGACAUCAGUGGCCGGAAGCUUUUCUAUGUCCAUUAUAUUGACUUCAACAAACGCCUGGAUGAAUGGGUGACCCACGAGCGGCUGGACCUAAAGAAGAUCCAGUUCCCCAAGAAAGAGGCCAAGACUCCCACCAAGAACGGACUUCCUGGGUCCCGCCCCGGCUCUCCAGAGAGAGAGGUGCCGGCCUCCGCUCAGGCCAGCGGGAAGACUUUGCCAAUCCCGGUCCAGAUCACACUCCGCUUCAACCUGCCCAAGGAGCGGGAGGCCAUUCCCGGUGGCGAGCCCGACCAGCCGCUCUCCUCCAGCUCCUGCCUGCAGCCCAACCACCGCUCAACGAAACGGAAGGUGGAUGUGGUUUCACCAGCAACUCCAGUGCCCAGCGAGACAGCCCCGGCUUCCGUUUUUCCACAGAAUGGAUCGGCCCGCAGGGCAGUGGCAGCUCAGCCUGGACGGAAGCGGAAAUCGAAUUGCUUGGGCACUGAUGAGGACUCCCAGGACAGCUCAGAUGGGAUACCAUCAGCUCCACGCAUGACCGGCAGCCUGGUAUCUGACCGGAGCCACGACGACAUCGUCACACGGAUGAAGAACAUUGAAUGCAUCGAGCUGGGCCGGCACCGCCUCAAGCCGUGGUACUUCUCCCCGUACCCGCAGGAGCUCACCACACUACCCGUCCUCUACCUCUGCGAGUUCUGUCUCAAAUACGGCCGGAGCCUCAAGUGUCUGCAGCGUCACUUGACCAAGUGUGACCUGCGGCAUCCGCCAGGCAAUGAGAUUUACCGCAAGGGCACCAUCUCCUUCUUUGAGAUCGACGGGCGUAAGAACAAGAGUUACUCCCAGAACCUGUGUCUCCUGGCCAAGUGUUUCCUCGACCACAAGACUCUCUACUACGACACAGACCCCUUCCUCUUCUACGUCAUGACGGAGUAUGACUGCAAGGGCUUCCAUAUCGUGGGCUACUUCUCCAAGGAAAAGGAGUCAACGGAAGACUACAACGUGGCCUGCAUCCUGACCCUGCCACCCUACCAGCGCCGGGGCUACGGCAAGCUGCUGAUCGAGUUCAGCUAUGAACUGUCCAAAGUGGAAGGGAAAACGGGGACCCCUGAGAAGCCCCUCUCGGAUCUUGGCCUCCUCUCCUACCGAAGCUACUGGUCCCAGACGAUCCUGGAGAUCCUGAUGGGGCUGAAGUCAGAGAGUGGGGAAAGGCCUCAGAUCACCAUCAACGAGAUCAGUGAAAUCACCAGUAUCAAGAAGGAGGACGUCAUCUCCACGCUACAGUACCUCAACCUCAUCAACUACUACAAGGGUCAGUACAUCCUCACACUGUCAGAGGACAUCGUGGAUGGCCACGAACGGGCUAUGCUCAAGCGGCUCCUUCGGAUUGACUCCAAGUGUCUGCACUUCACUCCCAAGGACUGGAGCAAGAGGGGAAAGUGGUGACAGGCACCGCUGUGGCAGUGUCAAGUCAGCGGAACUGCGACUGACAGCCCCUCCCACCCCCACCAGAGCCCCCACGAGGCACACCCGUAUAGAUGGGGCUGAGGACAGGUCCACGUGGGGAGGACAGGCCCUGUUGGGGCUGGCUGGUGCCCAGCACCAAGACGAGUUCAGGGCUCAGGUCAACUCCAAGGUCAGCUGGCUGCAGGCCCGUGCUUGCUGCGGACCAGAGACUGGAGAGAGCCAGGCAGCUGUGUACAGUGAGAUGGGGGGGGGGUGCUCUGUACAGAGGGCUGGUGGCUGUAAAAACGUCUUUUGUAAAGGAGGAGUUGGGGGUGGGCUGGGUACUGCUGCAAUACUCUGGCCUGUCUUAACCCUCACUGCCCCAGCAAUAAACUUUCUAUAGGCCA